UAGAGAUACUAGGAGAUCACACUGCUCCUUGAAUUCUUGCUCCGAGGACCAUUUGAAGCAAAGAGUUCAGUGAUUUGGCUGGAAACUCAUAAGACUCCUCCCUCAGAAUGAAAUUUCUCAUCCUGGCUGGCCUUUUGAGCAUUGCCACUGCUCUGCCCAUCCCUCUCGAACAAUCUGGAGGCAGUUCCAGUGGUCAGAGAUUUAGCUUUUACCCACCCCAAGGACUACCAUUUUUUCCUCAGAUCCCAUUUUUCCCACCUCCACAACUGCCCCCGAUUCCAAUUCCUCUUCCUUUUCCUUUUCCGUAUAAUCCAAAUCAGGUCCUGCCACCUAAUGACAUUAUAGCGUUAAUCAGUUCUAUUUUGAACCAACUCCUGGAAUAUAUGCAAUAUUCGGUUAAGAAAUUUCAAUCAGUAAAAAAGAAAAAAAAAGCAAUUCUAAUCAGUAAAUUUUACUUCAAGCAUAUUGUUGUCUUGUGGACAAUUAUGUCAGCAGUAAGCAAAGCCUGCUGUGAAAUUACCAAACCUCGGAAUGCCCGAUGGCAAGGCAGCACCUCUCCUUAA